AAAAUUGUGGGGAAAAAAUCCACGGUCCUACUUGGAGUUAUGUGGACGAUAAUGGUUUAUGUGGACGACAUUGACCAUCUUAUCCUCUAUCUUCUCCCACGUUGAAAUUUGUCAAAACAAUUUGACUACCACCUGAAAUACAAAUCUUUUUAAUUUGCUCCCUUCUUCCUGAUUCCCGUUAAACCAACAGAAAUUAUGGAAGUUUUUCCCUUCCCCUGCUGCUACCAGCACAGUUCAAUCCUCCCCCGAAAGCCGCUAGCUUCAUUUUCAACUGGGAAGAGCCAAUCCAUCACAAGAAGAACCUCAGCCCUUUUCCCAUGUCGCUGUUCUUUGCCUUCUUCGGAGAAACCUCAGCAGCAGAAUGAGGGAAGGAGGGCGCUUUUUGGCUAUCUUCUUGCAUCAACCGCUGCAGGAAUUGCUGCAUGUGAUGCUGCUGAGGCUGUUAGUACCAGCAGAAGAGCGCUUAGAGGAGCAAAAGUACCAGAGGAUGAAUUCAAAACCCUUCCUAAUGGUCUGAAGUACUAUGAUCUGAAGGUUGGUGGAGGUCCAGAGGCUGUAAAGGGAUCUCGGGUUGCAGUUCACUAUGUUGCCAAAUGGAAAGGAAUCACAUUCAUGACCAGUAGACAAGGAAUGGGUGUUGGUGGAGGAACGCCUUAUGGAUUUGAUGUUGGCGAAUCCGAGAGAGGAAAUGUUCUCAAAGGGCUGGACCUCGGUGUUGUAGGAAUGCGCGUUGGAGGCCAGCGUCUGCUGAUAGUUCCUCCGGAGCUGGCAUAUGGAAAGAAAGGAGUUCAGGAAAUUCCUCCAAAUGCAACCAUAGAGAUGGAUGUUGAACUUCUUUCCAUCAAACAAAGUCCAUUUGGGUCCCCUGUGAAAAUUGUUGAAGGAUAAUGAGAUCAACUCCACGGUUGGAAGCCCGUUAAUACAGGCCAGUUGCUUCAGUUUCAAGAAGUUGAAUACCCACCAAUCUGAUAUACUGAAAUCACUUGUUCUUACACCUUUACCAAACAUCAUUUGGUUAAUCCAUCUUUUACACGUUGCCAACUUCUUGUGAGCAGCUAAGACUGCUGAUUAGCCACUGUUUAGUUUGUUCGCCCAUGUCUGAAAAUUCAUCCAAAUCUACUUUGCUGCCUGUAGAAGGGGAACUGUUAAGAUUAUGCUCUGAAGAAACAACAUGUGUCAUA